GCAUCACAUCCGGUAUGGGCGGAGCUGGCGAGAGAAGCCGGAAGUAGCUUUGGUGGUUCUGUUCCUGCUGCUCUCUGUUGCUGCUGAGUUGUGCACCUCUGGGACAGAAAAUCCUGAGGGAAGUGUGAGCUUCGAGCUGGUUUAACUACGUUUGUAAGAGACUGACCCCUAUGCCUGACCACACAGAUGUCAGCCUGCCUCCAGAGGACAGAGUCAGGGGUCUUAUCCAAAUUGGGAGUAGUGUGGAGGUGAAUGAGGAUGUCCCGCCACGGAGGUACUACCGGUCUGGGGUUGAAAUCAUCCGAAUGGCAGCUAUCUAUUCUGAAGAAGGCAACAUCGAGCGUGCCUUUAUAUUAUACAACAAGUACAUCACGCUCUUCAUUGAGAAACUCCCAAAGCAUCGUGAUUACAAAACCGCGGUCAUCCCUGAGAAGAAAGAUACUGUGAAAAAACUAAAAGAAGUUGCAUUCCCUAGAGCCGAAGAGCUAAAGAAGGAGCUUUUAGAGAGAUACAACCGGGAAUAUGAAGUGUACAACACACAGAAGAAGCAGCAGCAGGAGGAGUCGAUGCGCAGCCUGGCCCUGCAGCAGCAGCUGGAGGAGGAGAGGAGGCGGGUGGCCCUGAUGAAGCAGCAGCAGGCGGAGCAGGAGCAGUUCCACGCCUUCGAGGAGAUGAUCCUGCGCCAGGAGCUGGAGAAGGAGCGCCUGAAGAUCGUGCAGCAGUUUGGGAAGCCGGAGCUGGCCCCCGACUCCUCGGAGGGCCACUUGAUCCCUGGCGUGCCCAAGCCCCCCACGGACCCUCCUGCCCAGCCUUGGAGCCCCAGCGGAGGCGCCGGGCCCCCCAAGCCCCCCACCGUGGACAGGUCUCUGAAGCCGGGAUCCGCGGGCAGUCCGGAAAGCAGUGCAGCACUAGGAGGGCUUCGCCAUGUUGUUGUUCCCAGGGAGCUCUGCCACAAAUUCCUCCAGCUAGCGGAUGCGAAUACAGCACGCGGUGUGGAGACGUGCGGGAUCCUUUGUGGGAAGCUGAUGCAGAACGAAUUCACCAUCACCCACGUGAUCAUCCCCAAGCAGCACGGGGGCCCCGACUACUGCAACACGGAGAACGAAGAGGAGCUCUUCCUGGUCCAGGACCAAUACGGCCUCAUCACUCUGGGGUGGAUCCAUACUCAUCCUACCCAAACAGCUUUCCUCUCCAGCGUGGACCUCCACACACACUGCUCCUAUCAGAUCAUGCUGCCAGAGUCUAUAGCGAUUGUGUGUUCGCCAAAAUACCAGGAGACGGGGUUCUUUAAACUGACAGACCAUGGCAUGGACGAGAUCUCCUCCUGUCGUCAAAAGGGAUUCCAUCCGCACUGCAAAGACCCGCCCCUCUUCACUACCUGUAACCACGUGACUGUCAUGGAGCGGGACGUGCUGGUCCUGGACCUCCGAUAAAGCAGAUGCCUUCGUCAACCUUUAACUGCCCUCCGAGCUAAUUUAUGGUAGCUAACUAUAACCCUCUAUGCAGCGAUCCCCAAGAUUUUGCCUGUAAUACCACAUGCAUUUUGCGUUCUCUUUGAUACUGUGCAUGUGUUAGGCUCUGGGGCCGAAAAUAAUGAACAUAGGAAUUUUUUUAAUAUAAACUGGAAUUAACACUAAAUUUGUUCUAAUUUGGUGUUUGGUUGUGCACUGAUCCUCUCCAGGCUUCCUCAGCAGCAAAUCACAUUCUGAAGCCCGGAAGCCAGAUCAAGCAGAUUGCAGAACUCCUAAAAAGCUUUUUGCAGCACCUGGCACACAAGUCCUUCACUCAGUUAUCUGUCUUCAAAUUAUGCCCAAUCAAGCUGCAAACUGAGGAUUCUCUCCAAAGAUCUUGAACAUUAAUGGAAAUCUUCUGAAGACUCUGAAGUGAAUUUGGAGUGUCAGUACCCAGCAGUGCUGUGCCAACAAUUCAGCCUUCCAUGAGCAGCUGUGCGGUAACCAAGGAAUGUUUACAGUGGGAAGAAAGAGUUGCACAUGAGGAAGAGACAAGCCUUGGUGUGGUUGCUGGAAAUUCUUGGAGAAAUGACCAGUUCUUUCAGGCUUGCUUUUGAUGGCCCUGGGGGGGAAAGAGUUCAGAAAGGUGGGGAGCGGGAUUCUUUAAAACACCCAAUUCCAUUUUUACCCCCAAAUCUGGCAAAGUGUGAAUCAGCACAUGAUUUGUGCUUUGACCUUUCAGUACUCGGGUCACUUCAGCACUUAUUAGGAUCAGAUUAUCUGAUACUGAGGAUCUUAGUUGGUUUAAAGCCUGGAGCAGUAAAGGACUAGAGUGAGGGUCAGUUGACGUUUUGGUGGCUUUGUGCCGGUAAUAUACUUGCAGAAAGGACUCCAGUAACUCUGCACUGUGUGGUAUGUAGCCCUAAGAGAGUGGUGACGUUGUUGACACUCACCCUGCCUUGUCGUUGGCAGCGGCCUCUUCCAGUCGCCAGAAUGGAAAUGCCCGAGGUCAGUGGAUGAGAAACGUCCUCUCAGAACCAAGGACCCACGUCCCUAUUUUGGUCUGCCAGGCACACGGUAGGAGCUGCUCUGCAGAUGCCAGUGUCGGAGAUGCAGCUAGCCCUGAGCAUUUGCUUCCCCCGCUCUUGCUAGCCCCAGGGCCAGUCAGGCCAACGUCUCGGACUGGAGUCCGCUGCGAACCUUGGCAAAGGUGUGUUCUCAGGGGUGAACCAGGAGCUUGUUAUUGUCUUGGAGUGCCUUUGCAUGUCACACAUGCCGCGAGGGCGCGAAGAGCAGGUACCUCAUCAGGUUUCCUGUCUCUGCUCUUCGUCACGCUUAGGAACAGGAGACUUUUAGGGAGCCUCCUGCAUUAAUCCACAGCCUCAGCGGCUGGCCCAGCGGUGGUGCCUGAGCCCACUUUGAUCAUUGUCCUGCUCUUAGUUAGAUGGGUGGUUGAUGUCAUCCUGCAGAACACAUGAAUGCAGGGCUUCUCAAACUUGAGUCCCCGGGUGAUGGAUGGGUCCCCAGGUGUAGUGGGCCUACAAGUUUGAGAAGCCCAGCGUCAACGGUUCUUGCAGGUCCUUGGCUUAUACUUGAACUCCUCCACAAUCCUCUCUGCAAGAGUUCAGUCUUGCUCUGAGCUAGUUCCCGCACAGAGACACUCUGCACUCAUCCUAAAUGCUUCUUGAUAUUGUCAGAUACCCAAAGGUACCCACCUUCCCCUUCCUUCCUGGUCCCCUCGUGUGCGUGUAUUCCUGCUGAAAGAAAGAAGAACUGGUGUUCCAAGAAUGGCUUCCCGGACAUUUUCUCCGCCUUCCAAGAUUGUAGUAAGAGUGUCUGCUCUGUAAUCAGUUUUGACUCUCUCACUGAAGAGUACAAUACCACAUUUGAAGUCUUUGUUCUUUGUUCUUUUCUGAAUUCUGUUCUUGUUCUGCUGAGAGAUCUGCCUUUGUUGGCAACCAGGGCACUGUGUGUCCUUGCCCCAAGAUCCCUGACUGCCCCUGCACGCUAGUAAUGUCUGUCAAAGCCAAUGUUGUACAGUUGAAUACAGAAAAACGGCACUUUGGAUUUGUUUGGUCUUUUAACUGUUGCCUUGAAAGAGCCAAGGGCAUUAAAAACUGGCUGUUUCUCCA